AUGCUGGGCUUGGGAAAUCAUAGCCUAGGAGCUACACAAGAAAAUGAGCGUCCAUCAGUAACUUUCGCAGCCAUUUCACAAGAGAACGAGCAGCCUCUGCUGCGAGACGGAGUCACAAGUUUUUUCUCUGAGUAGACGAGCUUUGUAUAUCAGGUGCAAAAGAGAAAACAUGAAUGCAUUCAAAGCCUUCAAAGCCCAAGUUCCAAUUGCAUGGAGUCCGCACCUGUAUAUAACUUUGGUGAGGGGCAUUCCGGGAACUAGGAGACUUCAUAGGCGUACCUUAGAGGCAUUGCGUCUUCGUAAGUGCAACCGGACUGUCAUGCGAUGGAAUACUCCUACAGUCAGGGGAAUGCUCCAGCAGGUGAAGAGGUUAGUUGUGAUUGAGACAGAAGAGAUGUACAAGGCCCGCAAACAAAAUGAAGUAAACCACCGAGCUGUACGCCCGCCAUUGGUCAUAAACCACUUACCUGCCUCUGCAAGCAGUUCUUAGAGUGAGCUUUUGCUCUAUGUAAUUCUUCGGAGGUCAGCUUUCUGUUUCUUAAAUGGGCAAUCUGUUUGUCAAGAUAACUGUUUUUUCUUUCAGUGCCGUAUUUAUAGAAGGAUGGUUGAUUCAGUUAACUGGAAUUGCACUUUUACCUAGUCGACAUGCUGGAGUCAGUGGAUUAUAUAUCUCUUUUCUUGGGUAUUGACAUAAAUAUCAGAAUUCUAAAUUAGCAA